UUUUGGCAACCGCAUUAGUGAUGACCGACUACCAGGUGGACAUUUUACCCGGUCCUCUGCUUGCGCUGGGGGAAGCCCCACACUGGGACAUCGCGAGACAAAGCCUGUACUACGUUUGUCAGAUGAGUGGCUCUUUGCUGCGGUACGAUUUUAAGGAAAACCGCACAUACUCAGCCAAUAUUCCUGGAAUCACGCAUGUGUCAUUCAUCAUUCCGGUGAAAGGCAAGUCAGAGGAAAUUGUGCUCGGUAGCCGGACUCGACUGAUAUUGGUGAAAUGGGAUGGAUUGUCCGCUGCUGCAACCGUGCUACGAACUUUGGCCACUCUCGGUGAGGCAGAAGAGCAACAGCAGUUCAACGACGGAAAGGUAAAUCCACAGGGGCAACUCUACGCUGGUACCAUGCUCAGCUAUGCCGCUGUGAACCCAUCCGCCAUGGGAACCGGCAAGUUGUACCGUUUUGAUGCCGGAUCCGGGGCGGAUGGUGGGGCAUUAGUUGAGCUUGCCAAUGGGGUCCACAUUUCCAAUGGUCUUACCUGGAACGAGACGAAAAACAGAUUCUAUUAUAUUGAUUCGUUUGCUUUCGAUAUCAAAGAGUACGACACCGAUGACCGAGGCAAUCUGACAAGCGGAGGGCGAGUUCUUAUCAAAAUCAAGAGUGACGAUGCAGCUACUGAAUUUAUAGCCGACGGUAUGACAAGUGAUGUGGACGGUAACUUGUACGUGGCCCUUUUUGCCGGAUCAAAAGUUUUGAAAAUAAACCCACUCACUGCCACCGUGGAGCGGGAAAUUCUACUUCCGGUAGAACAGGUAACAUCAGUCGCAUUCGGUGGCCCUAAUCUGGACCUGAUGUUCGUUACAAGCGCCGGAAAUGAGCUUACCGGACCUCAGUCGGCAAACGCUGGAGCAGUAUUCAAAAUCACCGGACUCGGCAUCAAAGGGAAACCAAUGAAUGAAAUUGAUCUGUAGAGAUGAUAUUAGGGAAAUGAAAUAUACUUCCAGAGUUUUUCUGAAAUCA